UCCCACUCUCCCUAUAAACCCAUAAUCCCCCUCUCCUCUGCUUUGUUCUACUUCUUUCUCGUCUUCCUCCUUCGUUCUCUCAAGCUAUUCUAUUUCAAAUAAUGUAAAAAAAGACUCGAUCUUUUGUUUCCCUGCUUAUAAUUAUACAAUUUCUACCUAUUUAGAGUGUUUCAUUAAUGGCUUUCCCAAGCUUUAUCACGCCUUUGUUCAUCACCACCGUUUCACUCCUAUUGGGACUCUGUUUUGCUGAAGAUCCAGUCGUCAGCUACAACUUCAUCGUCUCCUACAUUACAGCUUCCCCGUUGGGUGUCCCACAACAGGUUAUUGCUGUUAAUGGCCAUUUCCCAGGACCGGUGAUUAAUGUUACCACUAAUAACAAUGUUAUUGUUAACGUCAAAAACAAGUUGGACGAGGGUCUGCUAAUUACAUGGAACGGGAUUCAGCAACGUAAGAGCUCUUGGCAAGAUGGUGUUCUUGGUACAAACUGUCCAAUUCCUUCUAAAUGGAACUGGACUUAUCAAUUCCAGGUUAAGGAUCAAGUUGGUAGUUUCUUUUACUUUCCAUCCACCAAUUUUCAGAGAGCUUCAGGCGGUUUUGGCGGGUUUAUCGUUAACAACAGACCGAUUAUUCCUAUUCCUUUCGAUACACCUUACGAUGAUAUCGUUGUUCUAAUUGGUGAUUGGUACAUUCAGAAUCAUACGGCUUUAAGAAAGACUCUUAAUGGAGGAAAAGAUUUGGGUAUGCCAGAUGGUGUUCUUAUCAAUGGAAAAGGUCCUUAUAGAUAUAACACAACAUUGGUUCCUGAUGGAAUUGAUCACGAAACGAUAAACGUUCAACCAGGGAAAACUUAUCGGGUUCGUGUUCACAAUGUUGGGAUUUCGACAAGUUUGAACUUCAGAAUUCAGAAUCAUAAUCUUCUUUUAGCUGAAACAGAGGGUUCAUACACUGUUCAACAGAAUUACACAAACUUAGACAUUCAUGUGGGUCAAUCUUAUUCGUUUUUAGUAACCAUGGAUCAGAACGGGACCAGCGAUUACUACAUCGUUGCGAGCGCGCGUUUCGUGAACGAAACCGAAUGGAAAAGGGUUACUGGUGUUGCGAUCUUGCAUUACACGUCCAAUUCUAAAUCCAAAUCCAAAUCCAAUCCCGAGCCUAAACCUGCUUCAGGACCCCUUCCCGACCCACCAAACGAUGAAUUUGAUAAAACGUUUUCGAUGAAUCAGGCGCGGACGAUCAGAUGGAAUGUGACUGCUAGUGGGGCACGACCGAAUCCUCAAGGUUCGUUUAGGUAUGGUUCUAUAAACGUCACUGAAGUUUACGUUUUGAAGAACAAACCGCCGGUGAUGAUUAACGGGAAACGUAGGACAACUUUGAGUGGGAUUUCGUUUGUGAAUCCCACCACCCCGAUUAGACUUGCUGAUCAGUAUAAAUUGAAGGGUGUUUAUAAGCUUGAUUUUCCGACGAAGCCACUCACCGGAGCCGCGGUUAUGGAAACGUCGGUAAUAAAUGGUACUUAUAGAGGAUUCAUGGAGAUCAUAUUGCAAAACAAUGAUACUAAGAUGCAAAGCUAUCAUAUCAACGGUUAUGCUUUCUUUGUUGUUGGGAUGGAUUUUGGAGAAUGGACUGAGAACAGUAGGGGGACUUAUAAUAAAUGGGAUGGAAUUGCUCGAUCGACAGCACAAGUUUUUCCGGGGGCGUGGACGGCGAUAUUAGUUUCGUUGGAUAAUGUUGGAGUUUGGAAUUUGAGAUCGGAAAAUCUCGAUUCUUGGUAUCUUGGGCAGGAAACUUACAUUCGUGUGGUUAACCCGGAAAUUACUAACAAAACGGAGUUGGCUAUUCCGGAUAAUGCUUUAUUUUGUGGUGCUCUUUCGAAACUUCAAAAGCCACAAGAUAUCUCAUCAGCAAUUGCUACAUUUGGCGGUGGAUUGCAGGCGUUAUGGAUUAUUAUUGGAAUGAUCAUAUAUUGUAGCUUAAUGAAUAUUCAUUAAUAGUAAUGUUUUUUAGUUUGUUUGUUGAUGUAUGACUUUUCUAUAUCUUUCUUGCACAAUGGGGUGUUUUAAUUUGUCAAUAGUUACCAUUCUUUGAUUCAAGACUAUAUGAUUUUUUGUAAACAUCUUUUAUUUUUUAUGUAAUUGUAGGUAUAUAUA